AUGUCUGGACGUGAUAUUGACAAUCUUACGAAACGUGCCAAAUCUAAGUCUCGCAGCGAACGCGCCGGUCUAACUUUCCCUGUUGGAAGAGUGCACAGGAUCCUACGUAAAGGCAAUUAUGCAAGGCGUAUUGGGUGCGGCUCGUCGGUGUACUUAACAGCAGCGCUAGAGUAUUUGGCCGCAGAAAUUUUAGAAUUGGCCGCAAAGGCUGCAACUGACAAUGGUAAAAAUAGAAUAUCUCCUCGCCAUAUUUUGUUGGCCGUGAAAAAUGACGAUGAGCUAAAUAAAAUGCUUGAAGGUGUUACGAUUUCACAAGGGGGUGUCAUACCAAGAAUCCAUCAAGAGCUCCUGCCAAAAAAGACUGAUAAGAAAGCAAACAAAUCUCAUGCUACAAAUGGUUCUUCCCAAGAAUAUUGA